GCUGCGGGGAGCGGCGUGCAGAGGGCUCUGUGCUCCGGGGGCCGUGCACGGGGCAGGCGGGAUGGCCGGGGCUGGCUGGGCGCCGCCUCGCCUGGCUGAGUUCAUCCUGACCGAGAGGCUGGGCAGCGGCACCUAUGCUACUGUUUACAAAGCCUACAGGAAGGAAGCCUGCAUGGUUUCCAUUCCCUUUCCAGAAGAACGCCCGGGAAGUGGUGGCCAUCAAGUGCGUGAACAAGAAGAGCCUGAACCGGGUGUCGGUGGAGAACUUGCUGACAGAGAUCGAGAUCCUGAAGACCAUCCGCCACCCGCACAUCGUGGAGCUGAAGGACUUCCAGUGGGACAGUGACAACAUUUACCUCAUCAUGGAGUUCUGCGCUGGGGGGGAUCUGUCCCAUUUCAUCCGGAUGCGGAAGAUACUCCCAGAGAAGGUGGCGCGGUUCUUUCUGCAGCAGAUGGCAUGCGCCCUGAAGUUCCUUCACGACAGGAAUAUCUCCCACCUGGACCUGAAGCCUCAGAACAUUCUCCUCAGCUCCGUGGAAAAUCCUCAUCUCAAGCUGGCAGAUUUUGGCUUUGCGCAGUACAUGUCUCCAUGGGACGAGAAGCAUAUGCUUAGGGGAUCCCCGCUCUACAUGGCCCCCGAGAUGGUGUGCCACCGGCAGUAUGACGCCCGCGUGGACCUGUGGUCCGUGGGGGUCAUUCUUUAUGAGGCACUGUUCGGGAGGCCGCCUUUUUUCUCCAAAUCAUUUGCCGAGCUGGAGGAGAAAAUCCACAGCAACCGGGUGAUCGAGCUGCCCUGCCGGCCCCGGCUUUCCCAGGGGUGCCGGGAUCUCUUGCAGUGCCUCCUGGAGAGGGACCCGCUGCAGCGCAUCUCUUUCGAGGAGUUCUUCACCCAUCCCUUCGUGGACAUGGAGCACAUGCCCAGCACAGAGAGCCUAUGCAAAGCGACCGCGCUGGUAGUUGAAGCUGUAAAGAAGGAUCAGCAGGGAGACCCCUCAGCUGCCCUCUCUCUCUACUGCAAGGCCCUGGAGUUUUUUGUCCCUGCCCUGCACUAUGAAACUGAUGCUCGCAGGAAAGAAGCGAUCAGGUCAAAGGUGGGUCAGUACAUCUCGCGAGCGGAGGAGCUAAAGACACUGGUAACAUCCAACAACAAGACCCUCCUGCAGCAGGGCAACCCCGCCAGGGACAUCCUCAAAGAGAUGUCCAGGGACAAACCCCGCCUGUAUGCCGCGCUGGAGGUGGCGUCCGCAGCCAUUGCUAAGGAGGAAGAGGGCAAGGAUGACUCUGACACACUUGAUCUCUACCAACAGAGUCUGGGGGAGCUGCUGCUUAUGUUAGCUGCAGAACCUGUGGGCAGGAGACGGGAGCUGCUUCACUCUGAGAUUCAGACUCUGAUGGGCCGGGCUGAGUACCUGAAAGAGCAGAUCAAGAUGAGGGACGCGCAAUUCAUGGGCAAGGAGAUGCUGUCAGAGUCUGUCCGGAGCUCCUGUACUCUGCAGUAACACCCCAGGUGAGCAUGGAUCUCCGGGGGAUCAGUACGGCACCCAAGGCAACAGAUACUGUCCGACCUCCUUGCCAUCAGCCUCCUCAUCUGACUUCCCAUCCAGGAAUCAUGUGCGUGCAUCGCGGUUUGUGUACAUGUAUUAACAGACACUUGGAUGGUUUCUAUACAUGCUGUCACAUUGGUUCCAGAACAUGAGUUUAUCUAGAGGGUUUCACUUAUAUGCACUGUCUGGUGAUUUUACGUAUGUAAAUAUGCAGUACAUAUGUACAAAUCAUUGUAAAAAAUGGGUUUGUCCUAUGUUAAGCAAAGAGAGAAUUAAAGAAGAGCUUUUAGUAUUUAAUGUCAAGGAACAACCUUAGUUCCAUUACUGACCCCUGCCUGGGUAGCUAGGGGAUAAUGACAAGAUUUAGAGCUUAAAGGGUUGAUCAUACAAACAGGGCAUUUGUAUGGUAUUGCUGUAGACUACUGGCCUUUAGGGACCCCAUGAGGGACAUGAUAACAGAAGGCAGGGGGCUUUAGCAGUACCUUCCUUAAGGAUUUGCUCCCUGUGGCUGCUCCUUCCACAGUCACUGCCUCUCCGCAACAGAGUCGUGGAUAGAGGGGCUGGGAAAGGUCUGAGGGGGAUCUGAGAAAAGGGUCUAAGUCCCAUCCCCCUGGCUGCAGGAUGGUAUGAAUGUAUUUCUGCCUAAUCCCCAGUAGCAUGCUUCGAUCCCUCCAAGCAGAGGCUCCGUGACUGCGGCAGACGGCCUAUUCCAUCCUCGCAUCUCCUUCGCUGUUUAAAAAGCGGGAUAAAUAUUGUUUUCUUAAUUUUAACUCCUGCAGAUUCCUUCCCCCUCCCCCGCCCCCCUCCAUAAACUCUCCAUCAUCCCCUGCACCAUGUGCCAUCUUUCCUUUGGGCCAUACAUGUUCCUUUCUCCUCAAAAAUCCUCCUCUAGGACACCUUUUUUAACAAAAUCCUGUCUCCUGAUUGGCCGGUGAUGUACAGCCAGCACUUGGCUCCCUGUCCACAACCUGAGGGAAGAGAAAGGAGGGAGCUUGCCCCUCCUUGGCCCCACGGGGCUGAGCACCUCUUGUGAGAGUCCUGGUAUCUUUCCUGAAAUCAGCGAGAGCUGAGAACGCUCAGCACCUUGGAGGAUCAGGACCCUUGGGAUCUAUGGAAGAAAAGCACUUAGAAGGGCCUGAUCCAAAUCAAUGGAUCAGGCCCAUAGUCUUAGUAUUAUCUACUGUGCACCUUUAAUCCUGGUAAAAGCCACACCAGAGCAUCUCCCAGCGACUGGAAUCUAUUUGGUGGAGCUUUUACCAAUUGUGUUUUAAUUAUUCAGAGCUCUAAUUUUUUAAAUUGAAUCCUAAACUGACUGUUAAACAGACCCGUCAGUAGUAGCUUGUUUUUAAGACUGACUGGAUUGGAAAUCCAGCCAGCCACUUAGAAAACACUGACUGGUAUGGGAAAGCCAAACAACAGCUAAAACUGCAGUUGAGUCGGUGCAAGGUUGCUCCUGAGGGCUGGGGAGAGAUCCAUGAGCUGGAUGCUUAGGUGGGCAAUGGAUCUCUGAGUGGAGGCUGAUGUGCUGUACCGUACCGAGCACUGACAUGCGCAGCACUCCAGGUCGGUCAUGGCUAGAGCUGGGUGAAGAAACUUUUAUUUUUUCCAGUUAAAAAUGCAGAUUCAGCAAUGCUGAAUUGUUUCACGAAUUCAUGGUGAUUCUGCUGAAUUGUUUUUGUUUUUUU